AUGUCUUCCCAUUAUUCCAUUUAUGUCAGUUAUAUUUUUCACAUGGUGGCUCUUUCUUUGAUAUCUCUGUUGGGGACAACUGGAAACGGUCUGGUCAUCUGGUUCACUGCCUUCAGGAUGAAGAAGACUGUCAACUCUGUUUGGCUCUUAAGUUUGGCAGUAGCCGAUUUUACCUUCUGCCUUUUCUUACCAUUAACUGUCACAUAUUUGGCCCUUAGCUAUACAUGGCCAUUUGGAACCUUCAUGUGCCACCUGAACCAUCUCGUUUUAUUCCUCAAUCUGUCUGCCAGCGUCUUACAACUCACCGUCAUCAGCAUUGACCGCUGCAUCGCCACCAUCUUCCCCGUUUGGUGUCAGAACCACCGCAAUGUGAGGAUGGCUGUAAAAGUCGUUGCUGCCGUUUGGAUACUGUCUCUCAUAUUUAGCAUACCUUACUGUCAAGUAAUUGUAAGAUUUAUUGGCUUUUUUAUUAUUCCCUUUGUGAUCAUUCUCUCGUGUUACAUGGUGAUUUUUUGGCGCAUCCACAGAAAUCGCAUGACCACAUCGACAGAGCCAUUCAAAGUCAUCGCAGCCAUCAUCGCGUCCUUCUUCAUUUGUUGGUUUCCUUAUCACCUCUUUUCCGUAUGGUUGCUCGUCGCACCGAAUGACUUUGAACUCCUCGUUAAGCUUCAUGUUGGCACAGUAAUAUCUACUUGCUUGGCCUAUGCCAACAGUUGUGUCAAUCCAGUUCUCUAUGUCUUCAUGGGCCGUGAUUUCAAGGAGACAUUCUGGAGGUCCAUCCAGUCCGCACUUGAGAAAGCAUUCAGUGAGGAUGCCAACCAACCUGAGUCAAAUAGAAAUAUGGAGGAGCACAUGUCUUCAGCUAUGUCUGCCACAAGCCAGUUGUGA